GUUUCACUCACACGCCUUUUCUGCUCAGACCACUUUUUGUCUAAUUUUCUAUAUAGACGUACAUACCUCUUAAUUUAUUAUACAAUGUCAGCAGCGGAUGGUCCUACAACUUUUGCCGACGACGGUCAAGCCGUCAUUGAACGUACGAUUGACGUCAAGAGCGAAAAGCAUGCAGAUCUAUCGACAUUUUACGAAAUCGAACGUACCGUAGAUCACAUUUUGAAAGGCGGUUACCAAAAGGUCACUUUACAGUUUCCUGACGAACUAUUAGCAGACGCAGCUGGCGUGGCUUCCGAAUUACGCUCCAAAACGGGACAAAAUAUCUAUAUUUUGGCCGAUACUUCGUAUGGUAGUUGCUGUGUGGACGAGGUCGCCGCAGAACAUGUGGGUGCCGACCUUAUCGUUCAUUAUGGCCGAUCGUGCCUGAGUCCAACAUCCCAUUUGCCAGUAUUGUACGUAUUUGGACAAGAACCCAUCGACUUGAACCAUUGUGAAGAACAGUUUGAGAUUCAGUUCCCUGAUACGUCCACUCCUGUUAUUGUCAUGUGUGAUGUCGAAUACUCCUAUGCCAUCGAAAAGUUGGCGUCUCGCCUGUCGCAAAAGUAUACGAACAUCAUUCCUACCACGAUACAAACGCAAUCUGAACUCCAAUCGACUUUACGGAAAAGCCGUCAUCAGCAACAAGCAGGUGGUUGUUCCGAUACAGGGGGUUGCUCUUGCUCGAAAAAGGCGGGAAAUUCCUGUAAUAAUUCAAAUGAUACGAGCAUGAUGACGGACCAAGACCCCACAACAGAACCGAGGACGGCGUCAUCCGUUGAUAGCAACGACGAUAAACACAAUAACUACAUCGACAAUCCAUCGUCAAGGAAAGGCGGACGAUCAUAUGAUCUUCCAGAAGGAGUGGCACUAAAUGCAUGCUCGAUCUUUUUUGUUGGAUCAGAAAGUUUAACAUUGACCAAUAUUAUGAUGGUGCAUAAUAUGUGUCCGGUAUAUACCUAUGAUCCCAAGACGCGUAUAGCCAGGAAGGAAACUGUGCAGGUGAACAAGAUGCUAAUGAAACGAUACUUUUUGGUGCAAAAGGCCAAAGAUGCAGAAACGUUUGGCAUUGUAGUGGGCACACUAGGUGUUGGUUCCUAUAUGGAAAUUAUUGAUCAUCUCAAAAAAGUGAUAAACGCUUCAGGACGCAAAUCCUACACAUUUGUCAUGGGCAAAUUGAAUGUGGCCAAGAUGGCGAAUUUUAUGGAGGUGGAUUGCUAUGUACUAGUAGCAUGCCCCGAAAAUAGCUUGAUUGACUCAAAGGAGUUUUACCGCCCAAUUGUGACCCCAUUUGAGUUAGAGCUUGCAGUUGUCAGGUCCAAGGAGUGGACAGGCGACUAUGUCACGGAUUUCUCGAGGUUACUUCCUAACGUUCGUUCUGAUGGCUUCACUUACGAUGAGGAAAAUGACGAAGCGUCCAGCGAUGAAGAGCCGCACUUUUCCUUAGUGACUGGACAAUAUCGUUCGUCGAGCCGGACCACGUCCAAGAAUGAUCGAGCAGACAGUGAGCUGUUGACAAGCAAACUGACAGACCUUUCGCUCCGGAACAAUAGCACGACCAUUACUAGGCUUCUCAAUAGUACAGCAGGGGAGUACCUGAAAAAUCGAACAUUCAGGGGUCUGGAGCAAAAUCUCGGGCAGGAUGAGGCUGGAACUAUACAAGAAGGUCGUAGGGGCAUUGCAAGAGGGUAUAGUCAUGAACGAGAACUGUAAAAUAAAAGGAGCUUGUAGCGCGUGGAUACCAAGUUUGAUUGGGCGGCGGUGAGGUCGGGGGGUUAGUAUAGUGGAGGGCUGUAUGAGAGAUACACAACUGUGGCGCGAGCAUCAGAAAGAACCAGAACGGGCAUUCUCUAGUAGUGGUUUUG